AGACCCCACCCGCCGCACCGUCACUCAGCCCCUUACAGCGCUGCGGAUGUGUGUCGCCCACAAGCGGACGGAGCCGUGCAUUUAAUUACAAAAAGCAGAAAAUGAACUCUUUGUAACACUUCACCAAAUGCGUUGAACUUUUCACUCCGACAAAAAAAUAUGUAAAUGUUGCUGGCUGCAAAUGUUUCGUAAUAACUUAAUAAGUGAUCUUCAGCACGGAAUGUUGGAAGUUUUGAUAACGGCGAAAAUACCCCUAUUUAAGUGCUGUGGCAGUAACAGUUUUGCUGACUGGAAGGAAAGCACCUGGAUCCUGUCAUCUCAGUCUGAAGACAGGAUAGUUCCGGAUAGCUGCUGCAAGACCAUUACCAACCACUGCGGACAGAGAGACCACCCCUCCAACAUUUACAAGGUGGAGGGUGGCUUCAUCACGAAGCUGGAGACCUUCAUACUACCGGGGUAGGUUGUAACAGUUAGACAAAAGAAGCAAAAACACUGGUCACACCAUGCUAUAUGCUUCAUAAGAG